GGCUACAUAAACAUGAGUUAGAGAUCAGUUAAUCAGUUUAGUCUGAUGCACAAUCAGAAUUAAGGACCACACACGUAUAGAUUCCUAAAUUUCUGAUCCUAAGUUUCUUAUUAUUUAAUACUGAAUUAGUGACAGUAGGAAACCUUAGCAUUUCAAUUGCAAUUUGUUAAAGUAAGUUGACAUCACCUUCCCAGCAAUCAACUGGAUACCUACCCUACAAACAUGACUGAUAUUCUAGACAUUGUGCUGGAUUACUGUGUACCAGUGGAGUGGGAAGCUGUCACCAAGCUCGACUACAACAAUAAGCGCUACAAACUAUAUGAUCUCAGUGUCGGCUCCAAUGAGUACGCUCAUGAGGUUAACGAUUUUGUAAAUGGUGACGUGAACAUACAAGUCAAGAAAAUUCAGAGAGUACAAAAUCCGUUCCAGUUGGGAAAGUUCUGUAUCCGCAAAGAACAGAAAAAGCAUAGGGGAGAAGACUCUGAAGUGGUCAAGUAUUACCAUCCCCUGCGCAUCAAUGAUUUGGAGAUGGCCCUGGAGCAUAACAUGGAUGUCCGGAGAUACGGUAGUCGACACGCUAGUCAGGUGUCCUCACAGAAUCCCAAGUUCUACAAGACUCCGUCACUUGCGUUUCUUUCCAUGGAGCCUUGCGAUGUGAUCCUCAUUUGUAACGUGUUGGGUCACACAUCGGAGGGCUCGACCACUUACAAAGGUAGUGACUCAGAAUACAUGCCGACUUAUGUUGUGAAGGUCGCUUAAAAACCAAAACUCGUCAGGGCUGCCAAAGUUAAGUUUUGUUCAAGUAUUGACACUGAUUACCAGUUUUGUUAUUUUAUUUACUUUAGGUUUAAGAGUUUUCUUAAGAGUUUAAGAAAGAAUUUUAAAGUUGAGAAAAGCAAAAAGUGUGGGAAGAAGAGAUACCACUAGUAUUCAUGGUAACAGUGUUCCUAGCUAUUGUAUUUAUGUUAUACAGUACUACAGAAAUGUCGAGUUCAAAAGUGAUAGUAAUUAAUUGUAAGUGGGAAUAACAGAUUACAACAGGAAAGUAAUAUUCAACAGUGAGAGUAAUUCUAAGUCGGUAAAACGGGUUAAGGUGUCUCAUUGAGUUUCUAUGAUGCAACUUACCCAACACAUAAUCAGUUUAUAAAAUAUUAAGAGAACAGAUUUUAAAUCUCACUACGAUGUGCCUUGUCUCCAAAUACUGUAAUGGUAAAGGUAUAAUAAUGAAGUUUAAUGACACCAAUUAAUUUAGAAUAGCUAUUUUUUUAGUAGCCUAUUAAAAACAUUAGUGCUGUUAAAAAUAUUGAUUUCAACUAAGUAAAAAGUAUAUUUUUGUUCACUACCAAAGCACCAAAACAACCAAACCUAACCAAAGCAGAAGGUAGCUUGAGAUCAGGUCUACUUUAAAGAUUAUAUGCCUUAAUGAUUAUAUGCUUAUAUGAUUAUAUGCUUUAAUGAUUAUAUGGUGCUUGGUCAAAUUAAUUUAAAUAUUUUCUUCUACAAAAUCUUAUUGAAACCAAACAAUAAUUAUUAGGGCAUUUUUAAAUUGUUGUAUCUGCUAGACAACUUUUGGAAGUAUACAUUUUUUAUUUAUUUUUGAUAAGCAAUAAUGUUUAUUUUAGUUUAAAUAUUUAAAUUGUGUUCAUCAAUUAUUAUCUAUAGUUUGAUCUAACUUAUUUUACUACUGACUGAGCUUAUGUGUGGAAUUUUGAUCAAACAAUUCAAACUUUAUUUGGGGAUUUUAUCUUACCAUCUUUUGUACCGUACCCAUUUUUGUUAAACCCAUUGCAUGUUAAAAAUAUUUUACAAUGAUGUUAUUGUUGUUAACAUAGAUAUUAAUGCACAUUGAUUUAUUUCUCCAUAGCCUCAUCAUUACUUUGCAUUAAAGAGUAUGGAACUAUCAAAUAAUGAUAUAGCUACAUAAUGAAUUACAGAAUAUAAUGAUAAUGAUAAAAAAAUAUAGAUAAACAGAAAUAAUGGUAAAUUGAUAAAUUUACAGCAAAAUGACUGUCUUUUCAGAAAUGUUAAAAUUUCCAAAAUAAAAAUUUUGUUAGCAAUACUAGUAACUGAAAUGGGGAAGUCUGUUUGCCAAUUUCCUAAUUAAAAUGUUGUCUUAGCUCAUAGAAUCUUUGUAAUGAGAUUUACUAGGCUACAUAGUAUUACUUUUAUAAUACUGUCCAACUAAGUAUUUAUUUUUAUUUGUAUGAAAUAGCUUACAUGAGUUGCAAAUUUAAGUAUUAUUUUGUGGUUUUCAUGCAGGUAUUCUCUAGUCUAAAAUACCAAGGUUAAUGUUGUUAUAGAUUUACAAGCUAAAAGACUGACACCCACAGAUAACAUCUAAGGCAUUUAAACAAAUAUAUACUCAAACUUACUAGUGUUCUAUUUUUAUAGAUUGGUAAAUAUUUUCAAUAUUGUACUGACUGUCCAGUGCCUACAACUUGUACAUGUACCUUUGUGUAAGCUUAAAUCUUUCUUUUCUAGAAAUAGAAUAUUUUGCCUCAGUAACAGUUUUUGUUUGGAAUACUUGAUUCCUUGAAUUACAACACAAUACUUGAAUGACAACAAUACAGGUACACUUUUUGCCUAUUUUAUGGUGUUAUUCUAUUGAAUCUAUUAACAGCUGCAGUAGAUAAAAGAGGGAGCCAAAAACUGUGUCAAAUGUUAACACCAAAGCCUCAUGGGAUGGAUUCUAUUUGACUGAUUUUACAAUAACAUAGAUGAAAAUAUUGGAUCUAAAAGAUGUAACCCUCAUUUUCAACAUUUACAAUAAAAAUCCUAAAUUUUCAGGAUUCUAUUGCCAAUUAUUGCUCUCAAAUCAGAUUGAUUCAUUAAGUCAUUGCUUACACAUUUGUGUGUUAACUAAGUUACUACAUACAUUGGUAUGGAUGGAUUAUGUUCUCUUAGGUUAGUUGUUUGUUAUGUAGUUGAAAUGUUUUUAUACUUUUUUAUAAAUAUUUGCAGCCCUUUGUUCUGUUUAAUGAAAAUAAAUGUUUCUUUUGCA